AUGGCGCCGGCGCCUAUCAGUUGGCCCCCAUCGAAAUACUGGGAUGGUGAUGAUGGCCCUUGGUCCUCGUUCGCCUUGCGACUUGGGAGCCCCGAGCAGAUUGUCCGUGUCCUGCCAUCGACCGCGGGCCAGGCGACGUGGGUUGUAAGCCCUCAAGGAUGUCCACCUGACUGGAAUUUAGCCUAUUCAUCCUGUAAUGCAUCUCGCGGCGGUCUAUUCGAUUCAACACAGUCGAGCUCCUGGCAAGUCUUAGGUAACUAUUCUCUAGGACUCGAACUAAACCUUGGAUAUGAUGUGAGCGCUCCAUACGGGCUCGACAUGAUAGCGUUGGGGCUCGACAAUUCUAUCGGUGGACCCACACUGAACUCACAGGUCAUCUCAGCUCUUGCGACCGAAGACUUUCAAAUGGGUGUCUUCGGUUUGGGUCACCAAGGGACAAAUAUUAGCAGUUUGAGCGAGCCACAUCCGACUUUCUUAACGGCAAUGCACAAUGAGAGCUUGAUUCCAAGCCUAUCGUGGGCAUAUACUGCGGGGGCACAAUAUCGAUAUGUACUUGGAAGCUUGACGUUUGGCGGCUACGAUCGUUCACGAUUUGUCCCCAAUAAUGUCCCUCUUUUCCUCGCCGCCGAUAUCUCGCGUGAUCUCGUGGUUGGACUACAGUCGAUAUCUUCAACGAGUAUGAAUGAUCUCACUUUUGAUCAACAGUCGUUACUACCGAACCCAAUCUUGACUUUUAUUGACUCAACCCUACCACAUAUAUACCUCCCCAUCGAAGCAUGUCAAGAAUUUGAAAAGACACUCGGGCUAGCAUGGAAUAGUACAGCGGAAAUGUAUUUGGUGAAUGAUACUCUCCACCAGAGUCUGUUAUCAAAAAACCUCAGUUUCAGUUUCACAAUCGGAGAUGCCAUAGCUGGCGACCAUACAUUACAGAUUACCUUGCCAUAUGCAAGCUUCGACCUAGAGGUGGAUUAUCCUGCCGAUUUAGAUACCCUUCGAUAUUUUCCCUUAAAAAGGGCUGUCAACGAGUCCCAGUUUACUCUAGGUCGAACCUUUCUACAGGAAGCAUGCAUCAUCGUCGACUAUGAGCGCUCCAACUUCUCUGUUUCGCAAUGUCGAUUUGAAGAUGGUAUUCCUGCAGACUUAGUUGCCAUUCCGUCAGCCACUGAAACACCCAGUCACCUACGUCGCAAUGUCGCCAUAGGGACCAGCGUUGGAACAGCUUUGUUUCUUCUACUAGCUACCCUUGCAGCUAUCUUCGCCAUCCGAAGAUGGCGACAAAAAGCGAACACCCGACCUAGUAGCGAAGCCACACAGCUCCGUACGCUCUUCCAGGAGCCGAGAGAGCCCAUCGUUAGUUUUGCGCAGGAAAUCGGUCACAACAGCACAGAUGAGCCAAUUCGGGAGCUCCCUGAUAGCGCGCAAGCCAGAGUGGAAUUGCUGAACGAGCAGGCUCCCUCGGGAUCAGGCAAUGAGAUCCCCGAGAUGCCGGAGGCUCUUCCGACCGUUCCCCACGAAUUGAGAAUCAACCGGAGCUCACAUGUCAUGGUACAGACGCGCAACGCUAACAAUUACCUAAUCUUCGCCUCGACGAAAUCCGCGAGGAAAAGUUGGCCAAGCUUUGCGUCAUCUGAUGGCGCACUCUGCAAUGAAACCGUGAUAUCUGCCUCGGCUCUGCGAAAGGAGAUUGAAAUGGAUAGAGCUUCAAUCGCCACUUCAAAUCUAAAGGCAGAAAUAUAUUCCUUAUAUAUACGAAAGCCGUUCGAUCUGAAUAGGUCGUUGCCACCAACUCCAAUUUCGGAGAGCCCGCAGGUAUCGCCCGUUCUGGCAGAAUCAACCGACGAUCUUCCCUCUGCCAACGCCCACGGCACUGUAUCUGCUUUUGUGUCUCCAGAAAUGCCUGUCAUGACCUAUCCGGCGACAGCCUUUAAAACCAGCGUCUUCCUGUGA